UUACACACGGCCCGUCACGAUAGUGGACCCAGGUCCUACCACGAUGUGAUAGUCGGGUGCCGAACUCUCGUAGCGCGUCAGACGCCGCCUGAAGUCGCGCCAGUAGAAGACUUCUGCCGAAAGGAAGGCGUAGCUGGAGUCAUCUCGCUCAUCCACCGCACAUGUACCCAAAAGAAAAGAACAACUCGCCCGCAUCGAGGAGGCCGACCACAAGGCCUGAACCAGCGCCACCACAGGGAAGCAGCCGAAGAAGAAGAGCGGGAUAGCCAGAAAACCUCCAGGACGCGGGCAGUUCCACGGCAAGAAGGCAGAGGGCAGCCGUCGAGGGGUCAUCCGCUGCAAUAGGCCAGCACGCGCGACGCUGGACUCGCGGCUGAUCUCCUCCAGCAU